GAGAUUGAUUCCCAAUGCGGGGAAGGCGUUCGUUAUCGUUCCUUUAAACUGCGUUAGAUGAAGGCCGUGCUGGAGUACUCUGGGGUACGUGCGCUGAGGCCGUGAACCUUGUGAUGAAAUUAUUGAUUUUUAAGAGCGCGUCGCUGACGUGACGGUGCCUCUGUUGCACCUCGCUGCGUGCAAUGGCAUUGGGGAUUCUCGAGCCAAAGUCCACGUCAACGCCGCCGCCGGGGACAGAACUGCUCGUCGAAGAUGAGCACAGCGCUGGCGGCCAUGCUGGCUUGAAACACGCAGGAAAGAACAACGACAUCAUUCUCGUCCCCCAGCCUUCAGACGAUCCGAAUGAUCCUUUGCUAUGGCCGCGCUGGAAAAAAGAAGCCUCCUUCGCCUUCCUCUUUUUCAACUGCAUCAUCUUCGCCGCAUGCCCGGGCCCAAUGAUCGCACCGGCGACCGUCGCGCUGGCACAAGAACUCGAUGUGCCCGUUAAGAAAAUUGCUCAACUGUCGGGGUACCAGCUCCUCAUCGUCGGAGCCAUGGGUCCACUCGUAUCCGUCCUGGCCCAGAAAUUCGGCAAACGCCCACAAUUCCUCUUCGCCGCCUUCUCCGGCCUGCUGGGGACCUGCAUCUGCAUCUCCUCUUUUUCCCACCACCACUCUCUUUCCAAAGCCUACACCAUCCUGCUCGCCGGCCGCAUGGUCCAAGGCCUCGGCACCACGGCCUUUGAAUCCCUCUCCGUCGCCGCCAUAGGCGACAUGUUUUUCCUGCAUGAGCGGGGCCUGCGGACGGCGCUUCUCGUGCUGACGCUGGCGUGUCUGAGUUCCUUUGUGGCCAUCAUCGCGGGAGUCGGGUUCGAGACGCUCGGCGCGAGGAAUCUGUUUGUCAUGUUGGCGCCCAUUCAAGGGUUUGGGACGCUCGGGGCGGUGCUGUUUAUGCCGGAGAGUCAGUUUAAGAGGGAGGAGGAGGGGAGGGGUAUGGUUGAGAUUGCGGAGGCGCAGGUGGGAGGGGAGAAAGAGACGGGUGGUUUUAUGUCGGAGAGUGCUGUGGGAAGCAGUUCGAAUACUCCGACGACGCCCAAGACGGCCGUUCAGAAGAAGCGUAGUUUCGUGCAGGAUUUGAGGGUUACGAGUGGGUCGUAUAAUGGGGAGGGUGUGGGCAAGUUGCUGGCGGAGAUCUUUGUUCAUCUGCUCAAUCCGGCGGUCAUUUGGAUUCAGCUGGUUUCUGCCGUGCUGGUGUCCUUCUUCGUCGGCACCGCCUACACGCUCGCCCAGACCUUCACCCCACCCCCCUACCGCCUCACCGUCUCGCAAAACGGCUACUUCUUCACGGGCGCCCUGAUCGGCGGCCUGCUCGGCGUCGCCGCUGGUCCCCUCUGCGACUUCUCCGCCCGCACGCUCGCGCGCCGCAACCGCGGCAUCUACGAGCCCGAGUUCCGCAUCCCCGUCUGCGUCGUCGCCGUGUGCGUGUUUGCAUUGGGGUGGUUUUUGUUCGGGUGGGCGGUGGAUGAGGGGGGCAAGGGAGGAUUGGCGCCGGGGACGGUGGUGAAGGUGGCGAGUUUUUGUUAUGGGGCUGUGGGGUUGGGGACGAGUGUUGCGAGUACGAGUGGGGGGCUGUAUAUUCUCGACGCUUUCCGCCCUUUUUCGACUCAAAUCUUCAUCCUGCAGAUGAUGAUUAAGAAUUUCCUCUUCUACGCGUUCAGCACCUUCAUCAAUGAGUUUGCGGCCGAGCGGGGGCCGGGCCAUAUGUGUAGGGUUUUUGGCAUCGUGACGGUGUGUGGGUUUAGCACUUGUGUGCCUAUGUAUGUGUUUGGGAAGGUGAAUCGCGUGUGGGUGCAUGGGAUGUGGCGGAGGUAUCUGGGCGGGAAGUGAGGGAGCUGGCGGCGGUUGAUAGGCGACCGGUGUCGGUGUGAUUCCCCGUCGCAGAUGGAUUGGACAGAGAAGGAAGGACUCUGCAGUUGUUGGCGUAGACGGUGACACAGCAAAAGGAUUUAGGAUUCGGUACAGCUCCUCGAGACGUUCUGUGUGCGGUGCAGUGAAGGCUGUGUGCGACGUGGCUGUCGAUUAGAGCAUUGCAGCAGGCAGCAGGCUUGCUAUGAAGGAGAGGCUGGUUUACUACAUCACCUCACCUCACUAUGCUGUUAUCAACAUCGCAAGCACGGUGCAAAGGACAAAGAUAUCGUUUCACUAUAUCCAACGCGAGCAUGCACAAGCACAACAUCGCUACUGAC